CAAAUUCAAACUACAACGGCCUAACAACUUUUUAACGAGCAAACAACUGGAAAUUAUUUGUUACUUUUGUAGUACAACAGCUAUACAUUUUUAUGAAUUAGGUAAUGUGAGUUUAUUAAUGUGAGAAGUGUACGUGUAUGAAUUUUGUAUAACGGAUAACAGACACUAUUUCACUAUGUUGACGAAAUGGAAGACAAUUCUUACAAACUGGAUAAACUGUUAUUUUGAUGAAAGUUUAACGGGCGUACGAAAUGUGAGCUUUGAAUCGUUAAUCAAUAUUAUUUCACACUUGCGAGAGAACCUAAAUCUUGACGAGUCGAAGUCUUCUAUAUUGGAGGCGCAUACAGUUGAAGAGUUCAUAACAGAGAAGUACCCGGAUUUCCAAUUCGAAAAUGGUACCAGUGAGCCAGCCAAUGAAGAAGAUGUGUACAUUGUGGCAUCUUUGUUAUUAUUAUUUGUGUGUCUUAACUCCAAAGAUGUGGACAUCAAGAACGCCAUGUGUAGUAAACUUAGUAUUGAGGACCAGGAGACGAUCAUGAAGUUUAGUAAAUAUCUGAUGGAAUGUUCUCCAAUAUCAUAUAGAGAUGUAGAAAAUGCCAUAACAGAGGCAUGCGGGCAAGACAUAGCAUGUACAGAACCCACAAAUGGACGAGCAACUGUUGCCGAAACUCCUCCCCCUCUCCGCUCUCUCCAUGGUGAAGUUAGACGACUGCAAGCAGCCCUUGACGCGGAGAGGUUUGAUCGUAACUAUCUGCAAGACGAACUGGCACGCACAAAUUUGAAGUUGGAGAAACUACAAAAAGACAAGGAACAAUACAAAAUCGAAAUUGUUAACCUGAAAUCUAAGAUUUCACUUUGCUGCGGGCAAGAGGCGGAGACUAAGGCUGAUAGUGGGGGGGAAGGCUCGAGCAAGCUGAUAAGGCAGCUGCAACAGAUUGAGGAAAAGCUGGUGGAGACACAGGGGCAGUUGGAUGAUGUCCAGUAUGAGAGGGACACUUAUAAAGCUAAGAUUGAUGAACUCAAACAAGAGCGGGACAAGUGGCUCGCGUUCAGCCAACAGGAGGCCAACCGGGUCAGUCAACUCACCAGCGAACUCGAAACUGAAAGGUGUCAUGUGAAUUCCUUGAAAGAGCUCGUCACAGAGCUGAGGCAGCAUAACCAGCUGUACAGACUCGACGCCAGUCAGUGCGAGGUCGAUGACCCCGAUACCAGUCUACAUUCAGUGCAUAACUCAUCAAUUUGUAGUGAAGUAUGUGCUAAUGUUGUUGAAGUUCAACUAGGGGAAGAGAGAGCAAAAAUUGUAGUUCUCAAGCAGCAAAUUCAGAGUUUACAGGAACAGUUAUACGACCUUAAUAGGAAAAGUGAAGAGGAAAAGCAAUCCUUAGAGAGAGUUGUUUCUGAAAGAGAAAAUGAAAUUUUCAAUCUGAAACAUCGAAUCAAUGAGGAGAUUGAAGAAAAAAACAAUUUAAAGGCUCACUUCAGUGAUCAAGUAAGCGGGCUUAACAAUGAAAUGAAUGAACUCGAACAGAAAUUGACAAACAACACAGAACACUCCAGAAGAAUUAUUGAAGAAAAGAUGCAGGAUAUUCAAACACUUCAAGAAGAAAAACUAUCUUUACUCCAAAGCCUUUCUAAUGAAACCACCAAACUUAAUGGAAUUAUAACAAAUCUGGUAUCAGAUUUAGACUCAGAGAGAAUAUCCAAGGCGAAUAUGAGAGACGAUUACGAGAAUAAGAUCAUGAAACUAAAUGAGAAAGUUUUGAAUAGGAAUAACGAGUUGGUUGAGCUACAGAACAAGAUUUCUGAGGCAGGUGAACGACUAGAGGAUCUCCAUGCAGAUCUUCGUAGAGAGAGACAAGCAAGACAAGAUACUAUCGAAAAGUAUGACAUAGAAUUAAAACAGGUAAAGGAACAAAAUGCUGUCAUUGAAAAUUUAUUGCAAGAAAAAACAAAAGAAGUUGAAGGAUUAUCUAAGCAGCUGAUUGAUAUUAGUCAAUGCAAAGAUGAACUUGACAAAACCUUUGAUGAAUGUAAACGGACUAUUGCCGGCCUUCACGAAAAUUGUAAACAACUAGAAGAAACUAAAAUUGCCUUACAAAAUGAAAUAGAAUAUGGUAAUACCAAGGUUGAAGAUAUGCUAAAAGAUAUUGAAAACAUGAGAAAGAAGUUCACUGAAGAAAGGAACAAACUUAUGCAAGACAUCGAUGAGAGAAAUGCUACCAUUAACACUCUCCAUACACAACUGCAAAAUGAAAUCGAAUACAAAAUGAAAAUUCAGCAUGAACUAACUUCUUUACAAACAUCUAAAAUAUCUCUAUUAGAUGACAUCAACAGUUUGAAUGAUAAAUUGUCAAAAUUAAAGAAAGAGAUUCAAGAUAAAGACCAAACUAUUGAAGGUCUAGAUUUGUACUUGAAAGAAGAAAAACAUGAAAAUGAAAAAUUGAAAACUAACUGUGAGAAAAUUGAUGAAAAGCUAAAAACAGCCAAUAAUGAAAUUAUUAUUAAAGAUAAUCACAUAAAACAAAUGCAAAGCACCCUACAUAAGAAAAUGCAGUAUUAUGAAGACGAAAUACGCAAAUAUAACCAAAAUUUCCAGCUUGAACAUAAUAAAUUACUUACUGUUAUAGAAGAAAAAGGUAGUGUCCAAAUUGAACAAGAGUAUCUGGCUAAGGAAAAAAUUCGGUUAGAGAAUUGUUUAAGUGAACAAUCUGACGAAAUUUUACAGUUGCGUUCCGAAUGUGAAAACUUUAUGGAAUUCGUGAAGGAAAACAAAAUGGUGAUUGAGUCUUUGGAAAAGAAAUUGGACGAAGAAACUGCGCGCCGCAUCGAAAUAGGCAUGGAAUUUGAUACCGAGACGUCUCGUCUAAUGGCCAGACUUAAUGAAACGGAGAAAACUAUGAAAGAGCUCAAAUUUAAAUCAAACAAAUGUAUCGAGGAAAAGGAAUUAGAGAUCCAAACUCUCAAUGUAGAGUUAGUAAAGCUACAGAAGACGAUAGCUACUAGUAGGGAAAAAAUACUUAUUUUAGAAAAAGAAAAAAUCGCAUUAUCAAGUAAAUUAGACGAUGAGGCAGAAUACACGAAGAAUUUAGAGAAGGAAUAUCAAAAUAAAUGCAUUACCAUGUCAGAAGUCACUGCUGAGCUGAAUGGCCAGAUUGAUAAGUUUAAAACUGAAAGUGAAAAUCUUUUAAAGACUGUGAAUGAUAAACAAAAAGAAAUUGUUACUCUUGAAGAGAAGGUGUCUCUACUAAAUGAGGAACUUAAAAAGGAAAUUCAACAUAGAAAAGAAGCAAUUGAAAUAUUAGAACAAGAGAAGGAGCAGUUACAUUUUGUUCUUGAAGAUGACAAUAGUAAUCAUGAGGUUAUUUUAAAAGAAAAGGAUGCUAUUAUCGAACAAUUAGAGGAUGAACUUAAACUUGGAUCACUUCAGUUAGAUUCUUUACAGAAAGAUUAUGAAGAGACCGUAUUAACAUUUGAAAAAUACAAAGUAAACACACAUGAAACUAUAGACGCAAAGGAUAAUCACAUUAAGGAAUUAGAGAAUAGUAUUGAACAAUUGAAAUUGGCUAUUGAUUCCAACUCCAAUGAAAUGAAAAUCAUGGAAAUGCAGAUGACUCAACAAAUAGAAGGGCUUCUGAAAGAUAUAGAUAAAUGUAAAAGUGAACUGGUUGAGGAAAAAGCCAUAAAAGAUACAUUAGAAAGUGAGAAAGCUUCAUUGCUUGGUAACAAAGACUUGUUGGAGCGGCAGUUGAAUGAAGUGUUUACCGACAUUACUGUUAUAAAGACAGAUAAAGAUUCACUUGGUAAAACUAAUGAUAUGUUAAGUCAACAGGUGAUGGAAGAGAAAUCUGCUCGUGCAUUUGUAGAAGAACAAAUGAAAAGUUUACAAGUUGAAUGUAUAAAUUUACAGCAAGAAUUAGCGAAAGAAGUUGCCGUUAAAAGGCAGCUCGUUGAUGAUAAUGAGUGUUUGAUGCAACAACUGGUUGAAGAAAAAUCUGCGAAGGAACUCGCAGAGCAAGAAAGACAGAUUGUACUAAAAGCAAAAGAAGAGUUUGAAAGUAAAUUCUCGCAUGAUAAAGAUAAUUAUUCUAAGCAAAUAGUCACAUUGCUAGAGAAGCAUGCUCUUUUAAACAAGGAGCUUGAAAGCGAGAAGAUUGCUAAGCAAGCAUUAGAAAAAGAAAUAGAAAGAUUAGUGCAAGUGUCUAAAGAGCAGUCGCUUUUGAAUGAGAGAAUUGUUGAAGAAAAUGAAAAGUUACGUAAAUCGAACAAUUCCCUCAUUAGUGAUGUAGACGGAUAUAAGCUUAAAUACGAAAAUUUGACUGACGAACAUCGAAUGCUGACUGAAGAGAAGAAAAUAAUUGAAAAGGUAUCAACUGAAUUGAAUGAUGCUUUAGACGAAAUAAAACGGGAUAAGAUAGUUGUGGAACAGUUAUUUGCCGAAGCGCGUGAAAGGAAUGAACAGUAUGCCUUGGAAAUUAAAGAAAAACUGGCUAAACUGAGUGACCUUGAUCAGCAGAUAAACGAAUUGAUGCAAAAAUGUCAAGACAAGGAAGAGAUGAAUACUCAACUAUCAAAUAUGUUAGAAAUGGGAAUAAAAAAAAUAUUUGAAGAUAUAAAAAAGGAACAACUACAAAAUGAAGUGUUACAAAAGUUGAUUGGUGAAGAAUUUAAAAGCAAUCAUGACAAAUGCGAAUGUUUGAUCGCUAUAGCUGAAACACUGACGACAGAAUUAUCGCGUCUGAAGAAGAUAGGAAAGUCUUUGAAAGAAGAAAAUUCUUCACUUAUCGAAAUUAAGGACUCGGUUCGUCAGAAGGAACUUAUUAUACAUGAGUUACAGAACGACAAUAAGAAACUUCAUAAUAUGUUGGACGAAAAGAAAAUUGAAUUAAUGAGUCUAUCUGAAGCGAAUACCACUCUAGAAAGCAAGCAGAGAGAUUUCCAGAAAUUACAACAUGAAAAUGAACAUCUACACAAGGAGUUUGACGAUGUGAAAGUACAAUUAGAAAUUGAAAUACAAUCAUUAAAUGAUAAAAUUAUUGACAAGGAGAUUGAGACUGACAAACUGAAAAAAGACUUAGAAUCAAAGGAGUUCGAACUAAGAGAGUCGAAAAAAGAGAAGGAGAUUGAAGUAGAAAAGAUGAGGGAACAAGAGUUAGAACUGGAGAAAUUGAUGGAAUCAAAGAAGUUUGAAGUGGAACAGUUGAGGAAAGAAAAGGAGUUAGAAGUAGAGAGGUUGAAGGAAACAAAGAACUUAGAACUGGAACGGUUGAAGGAAGCGAAAGAGCUUGAGGUGGAAAAAUUGAAACAGAAUUUAGAGAUAGCACAGCUUGCUGAUAAUAUAACACACAAGCUGCAAAAUGACUUAGAAGCAAAAGAGCUAGAAAUGGAAAGGUUGAAAGAAGUGAAGGAGGCGGAAGUUGCGAAUUUGAGACAGAAGUUAGAGACAGUAAAAAGUACUGAAAAAUUAAAUGACAAAAUAAAAAAAGACUUAGAAGCAAAAGAGUUAGAACUGGAAAUGUUAAAGGAAGCUAAAGAAGCGGAGGUGCAAAGGUUGAAACAGAAGUUAGAGGCGGCAGAACGCGCUGCUGAUAUGACCGAAAUACUGAAAAAAGACUUGCAAGCAAAGGAGUUAGACCUAGAAAAGUUGAAGGAAGCAAAAGAAGUAGAAAUGAAAAUGUUAAAACAGAAAUUAUUAACAGCAGAACAUGCUGAAAAUUUGGUAGACAAACUUAAAAAAGACUUGCACGCGAAAGAGAUGGAAGUGGAGAUGUUAAAACAGAAGUUAGAGACGACAGAAAAUGCUGAGCAUAUGACUGAUAUUCUUAAAAAAGAAUUGGAAGCAAAAGAGUUAAAACUUAAAUGUUUUAAGGAAGCGCAUGAGGCAGAAGUGCAGAGCUUGAAACAGAAAUUAGAGGCAGCAGAAUGUGGUGAAAAAUUAACUGAUAAACUGAAAAAAGACUUGGAGGCGAACGAGUUUGAAGUGGAGAUGUUAAAACAGAAAUUAAAGAGGGUAGAACAUGUAGAAAAUAUGACUGACAAACUAAAAAGAGACUUGGAAGCGAGGGAGAUACAGAUGGAAAGGUUGAAGGAAGCAAAGGAGUUUGAAGUGGAGAGGUUAAGAGAAGAAAAUGAGUUAGAACUGGAAAGGUUGAAGGAAGUAAAGGAGAUUGAAGUGCAGAGGUUGAAACAAAAGUUGGAGAUGUUUGAGCGUGAUGAAGCGGCAAAGGCGCUGAGGAAUGAAAAGGAGGCGUUGGUUAAAGCUGCAGGAGGUCACGUCGAUACAUACUUUGUCGUCUCCUACGAGAAGCCAUCCUCCAAAUUGUCGAGCUCUGGCGAGAGGGACGCGCACCAUAACCAGGUAGAUAACACAUCAGACUACACACAAUCAUCCAUGGAGAGCUUUAAAACCAUAUCCGACUUAGAAAAGAUCAUACACGACAAGAACAGGACCAUAACAACACUUCAAAGUGACGUUACCUACAUGAAGACAUUGUUGGCGGAGUCUGAGAACAGAUUACUGGAUGUGACGAAAGAACUCGAAAUAUCCAAAGAGAACUGCUACCAGCUGUCCACUCAGUUGAAGAAAAUAGUCCAUCAGAAGAACGAGGAAAUCGCCGAACUAAAAAAACAGGUCUCCAAGAUGAGCGUCACGGAAAACAGAGCGACGCAAAUAAUCAAAGUGUCGGCCAAGUAUCAAGCCAUCAUACUGAAGCGGAUAGCCGAAAUUAAAAACAAUACCGUGUUGAAAGAACUGACCAAUUACGGUAACAGCGCGAACUGCGACAACGAUCUGCGACGAAGUCUCACAGCGGGGACGAUCACGAUGGAGGACUUGGAAAAUUUUUUGGAAACAACCGAGCGGCAUAUCAGAAAAUGUUCGGAAAAGCAGCAGGCCUUGCAAAAAGAACGCGACAGACUUACCGAGGUCAACAGAAUUAACGAGUCGGAGAUAAUCGGCUUGAAGAAGUUCUUGACUGAGCUUUCGGUCAGCUAUAAAACGUUUAGUAACAUCAAGGAAUUGUACGCUCGGAAGUUGAGUGGUGUCGUGUCCAUACAGAGGACCGUAAGGCGGGAGAUACUGAGUUUGGACGGGCACGUGACAGACGCCACCAUGUGUAAAUUAGAAAGGGGUUACGCGGCCGUGAUGCAGGACCUUUCAGAGUGUUGUAUGAAUAUGGAGAGAUGGGUGGAGCGGUGCUUAGGCAGGACUAUAUCGCCGGAGAAGAUCAAGCAGGCGUUUUCUAGCGACAGCGAGCGCGCUUCUCUCGCCUCUACCACAUUCCAGAACGCCAGUCUCGAGGUCCAGUUAGACGAGAUGGAGAAAUCCUUCCAGAGAUUGUUGGAAGAAGUGAUCCGGGCGCGGAAGGGGGAAGGCGCUAAAGAAGCCCAAGCCGUGACAGUGAUGGAAGUACGGGCGGAAUACGAAGACAAGCUCAACAGAAUGAAGGCUAAAAUGAAACAACUAUACCAAGAGCAAAUAGCGGUGUUCCAAGAGAAACAGAAACAGGAAAUACGAGAUUUGGAGAGGGAGUUGCAAGCGGCUCGGAAUAAGUUGGCGGAUUCGAGCAAAGCGUAUGAAGAGCAUAUCCGUGGUUUGACAAUGGAGCUGUGGGACGUGGGGCAGAAGUUCCUGGUGAAGAAGGACGAGGCGGAGUGGCUGAGAAGGAAACAGCAGUCCGGCUCGCUCAUGUCCUUACAGCACGUGCAUUCUUCCGGUCUAGUCCCGCCUUCAGAAGAAAUCUCUUCGCGGCCCUCCGACACGCAUUCCCUGCGAUCUCUCCCCACCACUCACAACGCUAAUACCAAUACGAACAGUAAACGUGAAGGUCGCGGCCUCCACAUGUCCGACGAAGAAGGGGAGGUGUUUGAUAACCGCUGGCUGAAAGAGCUGUCGUCCACCCCUCGCCGGCCCCCCUCACCGCGCGAAUCCGGCCUCAGACUCUCGGAACUCCGCUGGAGAAAUUCUUUGUGUCCACCACAUCUGAAGAGCUCGUACCCAGCUGAGACGCAGUUCGCGCCAGUGAUUGAUGAAGAAGAUAUCAAGUGCGUUGGCACGUCGACGAGACAGCAGCGCAAGGAAGUGGGCAUCACAGCCUACAAGAAACCCGGACCGCCCACGCCUAGCAAGCAAGCCGGCAGACUUUCCGCUACGGACUCCGAGCUACGCGAGUCACUCCGGGUGGAGUCCGACCCGUCUCGGAAGAACAACACGCCGCCCCGCAAGACUAGCACCCCGUCCAGGAUCCGCGCGCUUUUCAAGAAACACGACACCACCGAUGGUACUCCUCGCACCAAACGACUAAGUAUUUUUCGGAAGAAAUAAUAAAUGAAUCAUUUUGUUUGUAUUAACGAAAUUGUUGAAUAAACCUAAUAAUUUAUUUUUA